CGCACACGCAGCUCGUCACGGGUUGGCUCGCGCGGAGCACGGCCUAUAAAAUUGUGCCCACUCCCUCUGAACAAAACAUCAAGCAAACACUCAGCGACAUAGCAAUCAUCUUUGCCUGUUACAGCAUCUGUAGCUUUUUUCUGUCCUUUCGUCACUUUCCGCCCGCGGCUGAUCAAUGGCGACUGUGAUGGCCAUGAGCUCCUUGGCCGGUGCCGCCGCCGUCCUGCCGCGCGGCUCGGCAGGCCGCCUCGGCGCCAAGUCUCUGCCAGCGCUGGGCCGGCGCGCCCUCGUCGUCAGGGCCCAGACCGAGGGCCCCAGCGCACCACCGCCAAACAAAUCCAAGACCAGCACCUCGAUUUGGGACGCGCUGGCGUUCAGCGGCCCUGCGCCGGAGCGCAUCAACGGACGCCUUGCCAUGGUUGGCUUCGUGACGGCGCUUGCGGUGGAGGCAGGCCGCGGCGACGGGCUCCUCUCCCAGCUCGGCAGUGGCACCGGGCAGGCGUGGUUCGCCUACUCUGUGGCGGUCCUGUCCGUGGCGUCGCUGGUGCCACUGCUCCAGGGCGAGAGCGCCGAGGGCAGAGCCGGCGCCAUCAUGAACGCCAACGCGGAGCUCUGGAACGGCCGCUUCGCCAUGGUUGGACUCGUCGCUCUGGCGGCCACCGAGAUCAUCACGGGCGCACCCUUCAUCAAUGUGUAAAACUAGCUUUGUUGUCAACCGGAUAACACAAUGUGUAGUUAGCUAGUAGGACAUGUAAAUGAUGAGAACUGAUCAUCCUCGUAUUCUUUGUAGUAGUAUUACUAAUUAAGUAAUUAAAGACGGUUUAUCUUUCUUUUUUCUCACUCGAAAUAU